AUGUCAGCUGUUACCUCAGCCUUCUCCAAGUUGAAUCCAUUCUCCUCCAAGUCCAAACGCACACACGAAGAUGACGAAGAGGAUGACGGAGAGGAGAUUGAUCAAACCACUUUGGCCGGAGGUGGUCAUGCUGGCCGCCAGACUGACAUUACCAAGAACCAGCUACGCGUGCCCCACGCACUGAAGUCAUUCCUAGUUUCUCAAGGCGUCCUUAGCGAAGAAGCUGCCGCACUUGAUAAGGAAGAGGAGCUGACAGAUGCUUUGCACGAGCUUCUGGACAGACCGCAUAUCAAGGUGCCACUGGAGCUGACAGAUCGUUCCCACCCUCUGCCAAACUACUUCAUCAGCUCUUCGCACAAUACCUAUCUCUUGGCACACCAGCUUUACGGCAGCUCAUCGGCCACAGCCUACGAGCGCGCGCUCAAAGCCGGUGCCAGAUGUGUUGAGAUUGAUGCCUGGGACGGCGAUGAUCCCGAGGAGCCAAAGGUAACUCACGGAUACACUUUGACCUCCAACAUCCCCUUCCGUGCUGUCUGCGAAGCUAUCCGUGAUGUCGUCGACCAAGAAGCCCGCGAAGCCGUUGAUGCUCAGGGCUACAGAGCAGCCCCUAUUAUGCUUUCCCUAGAGAACCACUGUGAUGCCCACGGCCAGCAACGCCUCGCGGCAAUCAUGCGCGAGGUCUUCGGCGAUCGCCUCCUCACCAAGGCCAUUCGAGAUAAGGGCACCCGCGAACAAGAGGGCACCGGAGAGCAUGUGACCCUCGGCGAGCUUCAGUCCAAGAUCACUGUCAUGGUCGAAUACCACUUCCCCAACGAGCCAGACUCUGACUCUGAUUCCGCCUCUUCCGACAGCGAAGACGAAGACGAAAAGAAAGCCCGCCACGAUUACAAGGACAAGAAGAAAGCCGCAGCUACCACCGUCAUUGUUCCUGAGCUCGCCGAACUUGGCAUCUACGCGCAGUCAGUCAAGCCCCCGAACAACGCGUGGUUCGAAAGCGGCGUGCUAGAAAACUCUCCUCACCACCCACUCAUCAACGUCUCCGAAUCCGGCCUAUCCGCACACAUGCCCGCCCACAACGCUCCCAUCGCGCAACACAACGCCAACCACUUGAUGCGCGUCUACCCCAAAGGCACCCGCAUCUCCAGUCGCAACCUCAAACCGGUGCCCUACUGGGGCGUGGGCGCGCAAGUCUGCGCCAUGAACUGGCAGACCUUCGGCGCGAGCAUGCAGCUCAACGAAGCCCUCUUCAGCGGCACCGACGGCUACGUCCUCAAACCCGCCCCGCUCCGCACCGGCGGCUCCGGAAAACUCGACUCGUACAAGCGCGUGAAGCUACGCCUGCACGUUGCCGGCGCAAGUGAUAUCCCUUGCCCUGAAGACCGGAAGGAGGACAUCAAGCCCUACCUGACCUGCACGCUCGUGCACCCGGACGACCUGGAGCAGAAGCCGCCGAAGCGCAAGACCAGCCCGUACAAGCAGCACACGUUCACUUUCAUGCACAAGGGAGACAACCCCCCCGUCACGGACCCCGUCUGGGAUGAGAUUCUCGAGUGGGAGUACCAGGACAACGAGCUGGUGUUCCUGCGCAUGCUGAUUAAGAGCGACGACAGUUUCGCCAGGAACCCGAUCUACGCGGUCGGUACAGUGAGGUUGCUGUACGUGCAGAACGGGUGGGUGUUUGUGCGCAUGCUGGAUUUGAAGGGCCGCGAGACCAAGUGUGGGCUGUGCGUCAAGUUUGAGUUUACCGAGGUCGAUGGGCGGACGUAA